UAUAUGCUCCACACAAGAAUACAGCGUGUGUAUCAUCGCAACGUACGGGUGCAUAGCUUGAAUUUUCGUUCAUUCACCAACAGUAUCAAACGAACUAUACAACCGAUAAUAAGCACAUGCACAGACAGGUCCAAAACGAUUUCAGAUUAACGCAAACGGCUUGAUAUUCAAAUUUCGGAUUUACAUGAUCAUUAUUGUUUUGCAAAAGUUUUACUAUUUACUUUCCAAAGAGGGAGUGUGAGGAGACAACAAAAAACUCCAUUGAAUCAACAGUUUCAAUUGCAAAAUUAAUCAAUUUUUAUUGAUAAAAAUCGUUUUUUUUGCAACGAUCCAUAAAAAUUGUGCACAUUUUUUGCGUCAUUGACGUGUGAAUACUUUGUGGGUGUUUUUUUACGUUGUAAAUAAUCGAAAAAUUCAAUCGACGUGAAUGUGUGUGUGGAAGUAAUUGUGCAGAAAAAAAUCCGUGCGUUGACCACAUUGGUUUUAUCGAGUACUGGACAAUUUUUUUUUUUAAUUUCAUGUUUACAGAAGCGUGAGUUCACCAAUUAAACGUGACAAUAAAAACGAGAAUUGAUUUUUGUUUUGAAUAAGAAUGAAGUGAAAAAUGUCGCACAGUCCGAUCAAAAUGAGUGCUUGAAAUAGUCGAUGCUGUCGAUCGAACAAUAUACUCUUUUUCAAUUGUUAAAUAGUGAAUAAAUGACUUUGAACCGUGUUACAGUGUUGCCGAGUUGAUGAAGUUGUGGUAUCUCAUUGGAAUUCUCCUCUUGUUGCUUUUCGAAGCUAUAAAAGCUGGAGAAUCAACAAACACAAUUAAAAAUGGAAUUAUACCGUCAACAAAUGCGAUUGCCGAAGAGCCCGAAUUCACGAAUAUUAUUGAAAAUGUAACUGUUCCAGCAGGAAGAAAUGUGCGGAUGGCAUGCUCGGUCAAAAAUCUCGGCUCAUUUAAGUUAGCUUGGAUGCAUUUCGAGCAAUCGGCAAUUUUGACAGUGCACAACCAUGUAAUCACCCGAAAUCCACGGAUCAGUGUAACACAUGAUAAACAUGAUAAGCAUAAAACGUGGUAUCUUCACAUUAGCAAUGUGCAGGAAGAGGAUAAAGGCCGAUAUAUGUGUCAAAUAAACACCGUGACAGCCAAAACGCAGUAUGGAUAUUUGGUGGUCGUAGUACCGCCAAACAUCGACGACUCGCUGAGUUCGAGCGACGUAAUUGUGCGUGAAGGUUCGAAUGUGACGCUACGCUGUAGAGCUUCUGGAUCACCAACGCCAACUGUAAAGUGGAAGCGAGACUCAAUGGAAAAAAUCGCCAUAAAUAAAUCACUUGUUGUCAGUGAAUGGGACGGUGACACAUUGGAAAUAUCACGGAUAUCCCGGCUUGACAUGGGCUCCUAUCUGUGCAUUGCAUCGAAUAAUGUGCCCCCAACUGUUUCGAAGAGGAUAAAAGUGAGCGUUGAUUUUCCACCGAUGUUGUGGAUUCCACAUCAGCUUGUCGGAGCAGCAGAAGGUUUCAGUGUAACAUUAGAAUGCUUUUCCGAGGCACAUCCAACAUCUUUAAAUUAUUGGACGAAAGGGGAUGGUCAAAUGAUACAUGAUUCAAAAAAAUAUCGAGCAGACACAAGCGUUGGCAUACCAUCGUAUAAAACGCACAUGAAACUAACGAUAUUCAGUGUAUCCUUUGACGAUUAUGGAAGCUACAAAUGUGUUUCGAAAAAUCCGCGCGGCGAAACGGAUGGAAGCAUCAGAUUGUACAUGUCGAAUCCGCCAACGGUGCAACCAGGCUUGGAAACAACACAAUCUGCCAACGAUGCUUUCGACGAUGAUGACAGUGAAGAGGCAAUUACAGACGAUAAUGAAAGCAACAUCAUCAAUAUUGUAGACAAAUCUACCAAGUAUCAAUCGAAUUUGAAUGAAAUUGACAAAUUUGAGCACAAAUCUUCGCUAGAUGAAUUGAACAAAGGAUAUGGUUGGCCAACUGGUCACAUUGGCAUCAAUUUAGGGAUAAAGCAGCAUCCGCAUAGCAUUAUCAUUCACUGGAUAUGUACGCUACUCAUAAUUUUAUAUUUACAUUUUUAAAAACAUGAACAAAAAUAUAAAAGAAAAUGCAGGGUUUUGUAAUAUACAACAAAAAUAAAACAACAAAAUAUUCUCGAAAUCUGAAACAAUAACUGUUACCAGACACACAACAAAUUAAAAUGUAAAACACUCAUCGGAUGAAAAUGAAGUCAUCGUAUGAAGUUAAUAUUUAUCAGCCGAAGAGCAGUUGCAGGCGCAAACAAUGUUAAUUCGACGUGUGAGCGCUAUUAAAGCGAGCGCUGAUGUGUGAAAACAAAACAAAACAAAAAAAUCAGUUAUGAAAAGAGUUGAGCCAUCAUCAAUAUAUACGUUAGAUUUAAGGUUUUAUUUGAUUUGUUGACUAGUGUAUCAUUUCGAAAUAUGACGCGUAUGUAUAUUUAAUUAAAUGUUAAAAGUUUUUGCGUGAAACUCUAAAUUGACGUUUCAGUUUUACUUCGUUGGCAUAUCAACCAUAUCGAAAUUUUGGAGAGAAUCAUAUCAUUAUAGUCAAUCACAGAAAACAAAUAACUUUUUUUGCGUUCUCAUUUUGCAAAAUAGUCUAGACAAAUUGUUAUCGAUGGAUUAUAAAAGAAAAAAAAAGAGAGAGAAUAACACAAACAACUAGUCAACCAAGAAAGAUUGUGUGCGAUGUGGAAUGGAAUUGACAAUGACAUUCACGUUUUGAUGAUUCAGAUUUGAAACAAUAACAAAAGGUUUCGCUGCAAAUUCAAUCUUUACUGGGCGAUACAUUUUGUUGAAGUAGUUAAAUCGCAUAAGAAGUCGGAGAAUUGUCAUUUUUGUCAACUGAAAAAAAUGACGAGAAAAAAGCCUUCAUAGACCAGAAGUCCGUCUAUCUAUCGUAAGUUCGAUCGCAUGAAAAAGAACAAAACAGGUCAUCUGUUGACCAUGGAUCAUUCAGAACAUCCUCUAUAACCUUACUCUUUUUCUUCCUUAAAAACGAAAUUUUGUUGAAAAAAAAAAACUUGAUUUUCAUUUGAAAUCAGAAAAAAGAGAAAUAAUCAUUUGUUCACUUUGAGUGAUGCUACCCAUUUUUUUUAAAUGUUCAAUGUCAUUUUACAAUACCAUUGCACUUGGCACCGUAAAUCAUAUACGUAGUAUUCUAUUAAGGCAUCAAAGACGUUUCAAUGUACACCAAGCAUAUAUUCCGACAUAUAAAUAUAUAUUUAAAGAGGUGAUUAUUAAAUAUUUUGAUGAGAAUACACACACUAUUUAUUUAAAGCAUAGUUUAAUGUUAAUCAAUUAGCUGUAGCGAUGAAAAUGAAGCAUUUUGCAGAAACAGAGAAUGAUAAAUAAUGCGAGUGUGCAUCCGACAUGAUGACGAUGAUAAUUGAUUGUCACACUAAAAUAGUCAUUAAAAUGAGUCGAGCGAAACAUCAAUGAGAGAGAUGGAAAGUGAGAAACGACAACUUGUCUCUCAAAUUGCUCAAUAUGAAAUGAACAACAACCGUAUCAAUGAAUAUAUAUUAUUAUUUUAUUAAAAUAACUCAAACAUAAUCAACAACCCGACAGUAAUGGCGAAACAUUUAUUGGAUUUAUUGAAAUCGCAAAUGAACAAUCUAGCAAAUAAAUCAAGUAUCUUGCUUUCAAGUU